UUCCUGUCUGCGUCUUGGAGUUCUGUGCCCCGCGCGUCCCUGGAGCCCGGAGUCCCGCGACCCCAGGUGCCCCGCGCCCCGGAGCCCACAACCCCCGGACCCCUGGCGCUUCGCGUCCCCGGAGUCCCCGCGUCCCCCUGUGCCUGAGCCUCGCGACCUCGGGUUGCCCGAAGCCUGCGUCCCCGGAGCCCUAGUGUCCCAGCGCCCUCCCAGGAGUCCCGGCGACUGAGGCCACCCUCCGCCCGAGCCCGCGGAGAGCGCCGCCCUCCUCCGCCCCACCAGCACCAUGGCCGCCCCCGACCUGUCCACUAACCUCCAGGAGGAGGCCACCUGCGCCAUCUGCCUUGACUACUUCACCGACCCUGUGAUGACCGACUGCGGCCACAACUUCUGCCGCGAGUGCAUCCGACGUUGCUGGGGACAGCCCGAGGGCCCGUACGCCUGCCCAGAGUGCCGCGAGCUGUCCCCGCAGAGGAACCUGCGGCCCAACCGCCCGCUCGCCAAGAUGGCCGAGAUGGCGCGGCGCCUGCACCCGCCGUCGCCCGUCCCGCAGGGCGUGUGCGCCGCGCACCGCGAGCCGCUGGCUGCCUUCUGUGGAGACGAGCUGCGCCUGUUGUGCGCCGCCUGCGAGCGCUCCGGGGAGCACUGGACGCACCGCGUGCGCCCGCUGCAGGACGCGGCCGACGACCUCAAGGGAAAGCUGGAGAAGUCCCUGGAGCAUCUGCGGAAGCAAAUGGAGGAUGCGCUGCUGUUCCAGGCCCAGGCUGAGGAGACCUGUGCCCUGUGGCAGAAGAUGGUGGAGAGCCAGCGGCAGAAUGUGCUGGCGGAGUUCGAGCGGCUUCGCCGGCUGCUGGCGGAGGAGGAGCAGCGGCUGCUGCAGAGGCUGGAGGAGGAGGAACUGGAGGUCCUGCCCCCACUCCGGGAGAGCGCUGCCCGCCUGGGGCAGCAGAGCACGCAGCUGGCUGAGCUCAUCGCCGAUCUGGAGGGGCGCUGCCAGCUGCCAGCUCUGGGGCUGCUGCAGGACAUCAGGGACACCCUGCGCAGGGUCCAGGAUGUGAAGUUGCAGCCGCCUGAAGUGGUGCCCAUGGAGAUGAGGACGGUGUGCAGGGUCCCGGGGCUGGUGGAGGCCCUGCGGAGGUUCCGAGGGGACGUGACCCUGGAUCCUGACACUGCCAACCCAGAGCUGGUCCUGUCUGAGGACAGGAAGAGCGUGCGUCGGGGAGACCUGCGGCAGGCACUGCCCGACAGCCCGGAGCGCUUUGACCCCGGCCCCUGCGUGCUGGGCCGGGAGCCCCUCACAACGGGCCGUCAUUACUGGGAGGUGGAGGUGGGGGAGCGGGCCAGCUGGGCGUUGGGCGUCUGCAGGGAGACGGCCAACCGCAAGGAGAAGGGCGAGCUGUUCGCCGGCAACGGCUUCUGGAUCCUGGUGUUCCUGGGCAGCUACUACAACUCGUCCGAGCGCGCCUUUGCCCCGCUGCGCGACCCGCCGCGGCGCGUGGGCAUCUUUCUGGACUACGAGGCCGGGCACCUGUCCUUCUACAGCGCCACCGACGGCUCGCUCCUAUAUGCCUUCCCAGAGACCCCCUUCUCGGGGACCCUACGGGCCCUCUUCUCACCUCUGUCCAGCAGCCCCACCCCCAUGACCAUAUGCAGGCUGAAAGGCGGGCCCGGGGAUGUGCUGGCUCCCCAGUGAGGGGGAGGGGGACCCCGGUGGCUCCUCACCCUGGCUCCAGGGAUCGGGGCCUUCAGGCUGCGUGGGACUCCAGGCGGAUAGUGCUGCCCUCUGAGCCGGGGGAGGCGCACAGUGGAACUGAAGUCAUGCACUGGCUCCUGGCAGUGUGUGUGUGUGUGGGGCUGGCUGCGUCCUGUCCUGGGGGCCACAGGGCACUGAGACCCCGGUCACCAACUCUGGUUGCGGAGCCUUGCAGAGGUCUGGGGAGAGGCCCCACGGCCUGUGGGACAUUCUGGGACUGAAGCCUGACCCCCUAGCAGGAGCCUUCCUUUACAAGGCGGGGUGGGAUAUGCUUGCUUCGGAACAGCCAGGUACCAGCUGGUAUGCAGAGGCGGCCAGAGGAAGCUGGGAGUGCAGGUCAUGGGGCCGAGUCACUGCGCCUCCUCCACCGAUCGCAGACCACUUGGGUCUUACUGAAAAUGCUCUUCUCGGGCUCCCGGUCAGAUGCAGGACGUGUCGGGGGCCCCCUGGGGUGAGCAGGCAGAGAAGCCCACAGUCUCCCCUGGGCUGAGACCCCCUAGCUGGACUUGCCCUCUCACUGAGCUCCGUGGACCCGGAUCCAGUCCCCAGAUGUGUGCCCUGCCUGGGAGCAGGUGAGGCACAGACAGCCCCCUCCCAUUCCUGCAAACAGCCUGGGAUUAGUCUUUGUUCAGACUCUUGGUCACUCUGCUUAAAGAUGUGUGCGGAUUCUUUGUACUCCUAGGUUUUAUUUAUUGUAAGGGCUGUUCUCACAGUAAAUAAACUAACUGUUGUCUGUAA